AUGAAUCUCUCCGCAUUUAGACCCGUAUUUCGAGCGUGCCCCGCGCCAUGGAUACCGCGAGCGAGGCCGAGCCAUUGGCACAACAACAACAACAACAACAGCAGCAUUCGAAGCGUAGAAAAGAUGGCACCUAGCAAUCGGAUAAGAACAGCGCCGUUCUCGUCGACGGCGCAAAUGCAGAAGCGAGCGAAAAAGGGACCUGGCAAUGAUCCCAGGAUAACUUCGAUCCGCUACCACCUCUCUCACCCGCUCACGCCGCGCCCGCUGCACUUCUCGCGCACCCGCGCCCUCCGCCACUGGACCAUCCACCGCGCAUGGCUGCUCUUCCAGCGCAAGCGCCGCGCGGCCGCCGAACGCAGUCUGGAGCGCCAAUACGCCGCCAUGCGCGCUGCAUGCGAGCACCUGCGUCUGAUGGAUACCCACGGCAACCUGGUAUCCGCGAGUGAAGCCGGGGGCCAGGGCCCUGAUGCCGGCAGGCUAGGGAACAAGGGGAGGGAGGUUGGCAGGCUUUACCGCAGUGCCAUGUUGAAGCGCGGAGUGUGGGGUAGUGUGCCGGUGGAAUAUGGGCGGUUGCUUGUAGAUUUUCCGCCUCGGGAUGGGUGGAAUGAGGGGUGGAGGCGGGAGUGAGGUUCAUGUUGGGUUGGAGAAGCAUGGCGGUGUGUGUAUGAGAAAUGUACAUGUAGACUUGAUAUUUAGACUCAAUUGGCGAGUGAGUAGCUGAACCGAACCAAGCAGCGUACAAUGAAGAUGAGAAGAGAACAUGGGAUGGGCGCAGAUGGAUACGCAGACAUGGUUAUAUGCAGAUAUAUAGACAUAUCUAUACAGAUAGACAGACAUACUGACAUGAAAUGCCAAGCAAGAUACUACUAAAUCUCAC